CACAGGAAGCGAAUAUGCUGUUUGCGAGAGCUGAUCUGGGUCAUUGACGCGCCGUAUCGAUGUUAAAUGUCCAACACAUUUUCUUGCUGUGUUAUCAAGAACGCCCGAUACGACAGGCACGUUUUAUGUAGGGAGACUGUUCUAUUUUAUUGUUUCAUUUAUGCUUAUCAGGGUAGCAUCACAACAGCUAGCUUGUGACGUCGUUAGCUAGCAGGCGCUACACCGCGUGUUUUGUUUUACAUGUUGGACGACAAGGAUGAAACGCGCAUUGCUAACUGUGAGAACAACCACCCGUUGGCGGUGAUUCGGGGAGGCGAUGGGCUGAGCAACGUUGGACCGAGGCUGGCUAACCUGAAGAAAGGAGGCAAGAGGAAGCAGCGUCGAUCUACGGCGGCACCGCUGCAUCACCAGAACCCCGCCAGAAGUGCCCACUUGUCAGACAACAACCACCCCCCCUCGUCUGAUCCUAAAGCUGCAGCCCAGCCUGGCUCUCACCCGUUUAUCCGAACCCAAGGCGUUAUUAUGACCCGACAUCUUUUGAAACAGGAAACCAAGAAAGAGCUGCCGAAAUCCAAAUGUGGCCGCCUGGAGCGAGGACCCGUGCAGCCAGUGGGUCCGGCGGUCCGCGCCCUGCUAAAACACGAGCAGAUCAACGCCGGUUAUCACGGUAGCGUCCGCCGACACAACCCGGGCCAACCACCGCCAAAGAGGAACGGGAGAAGCGGCCCGAACAAGCCUCAGGCUCAUCCACAGCAGAACAACGUGAAGAAGGCACCGCCUGCCGACGCCAUGGCCGAACACCUCAAAGACGGUGAGAAGGUCUAUGCCGGGGCCAAGUUCAGCGAGCCGCCCUCGCCGAGCGUCUUACCCAAGCCGCCCAGCCACUGGGUCGGGGAGGACGGGCUGCAGCGGAGGAACCAAAGUCGAGAGCUGAUGACGGUCCACUUAAAGUCGCUGCUGAAGGUUCAGGAUCAGGUGUGACCACUUCUUUUUUGGUUUUCUUCUGGACACCAUGCGUGUGGACCCUCGGUCACAUGGUGGUCUUCUGUUUGGAUCUGCAGUAAGCAGUCCAACACGUCUCCGCAAUGCACUUUUUCUACCACUAAAUGUACAUAAUAUAUUUGUGUAUUCCCAUUUGAGAGAUUCUAGUUUUGUUACUGAGCUUUCCCCCCUCCUUAAGGGGAAAGACAAAUCCCCUGACUGUGAUGAAAACAGCUCUCGCUGAGCAGUCGACUCCUGCUGGCGUGGAGCUCCAGGAGCACGCACCUUAUGGACUACCUAAAGGCUGCUCGCUGGUCAGAAGCAAGCGUGUCGGUGACGAGGCUCCUCAGUAGAAGAUGUGAAACGUUUUAAACUUUGGAAGCACUUUCAGGCAAGACAAUGAGUGCCCGUGCGCAAUGAUGGAACAAGACAACAGAAAAGACCAACUCUGACCAAUCACUCUGGUGUUCCUUUGACACUCUUUGACUCUUACAAUGAACAUUUCAACUUUAUCUUUUUUUGUUAAGUGAAAUAACGUAAACUUGAGGGAUGCGUCAUCAUCACAAGCUCUCUUUUUAGAUGAUCAUGAGGACAGAAUGAAGCCGUCUCAUCUUACUCAGUCGAGAACCUUUUUAAUGCUUUUGGUUGUGUACAGGUAUGUAAUGUCAACAUGAUCACGUUCUUGAUGGCUCUACGUCCGCACAAAGCUGCUAUGAUGAUGAUGCGUGGUCCAAGCCAUGUGACUGCACUCAGGACAAUAAUGAACAUUGACACUCCUUCAAAAUAUUGAACAAAGUAUUUUAUAACUACAUUGUGACAAUAAAGGAUUAGUUACUAAAAUAAAA